AUGUUACUCGAUUCACAUGGCGAGCAGGAACGUUUAAUUCUUUACAGGCCUAUAAAAACACGCUCGCACAUACACACACAGAUACAAGCAUACACACACACAUGCAUACAUGUAUACGUUGACUGUAUCAGCAGGUACAUCCUAUAACUCUCUAUACAAAAGACACCUGUUAACCAGUGGUUUACAGUUCCUUUUCUUCAACAUACCACCAAGUGCUGACCGCGAUUGGUUGGUCGCUGUACGUUUUCAAAGACAGUAAAAUUGCUCAAGAUGUCACGUCGACGACUUGAGAAUGGCAUUCGUAGCAAAAUGAAUCUUACAGGAAACACACAGGGAUUUUCUGAAGUAAAAAUUCUACACAACAUUCCAUAUUCUACAGAAAUGGGAGCCGCAUACAGCUUACAAUUCUCAUUUGAUGGUAAAGUUUUAGCUGCAGGAUUUGAAUAUGGUGGUAUUCAGCUUUAUUCUACUGAAACAGGUCGUUUACUAAAUCAACUGCGUAAUUCACGACUCUCUAGCGAUGCUGUUAUGUGUCUUCGAUUCAAUCCGGAGAACGACACGUCAGUCCUGGCCACUACAGCUGACGGUCAGGUGAUAACAGCGGAAACUGAAGAAGGAAUUUUAGUGGAAUCUAUUGAAGAGAAAAACAACCAAACUAAUGCAGUCGACUUCUGCUUGGAUGGUCAAGUAUUCGCUACUGGUGGAGCAGACUUCGCCGUAAGGUUGUACGAUUCUAGAACGAUGCAAAUUUUACAAACGUAUGGAGGAGAAAAUUCCCCUGACAGAGAAGAAUAUUGCACAAAUCGUAUUUAUUCUCUGAAGUUUAGUCCAGAAUAUAACGAUAUUUUCAUUACAGGUGGCUGGGAUAAAAGUAUUAAGAUAUUUGAUAAAAGAACCAAGCUUGGUGUGAGACGUUAUAUGGCUGGGCCACACAUCUGUGGUGAAGGAUUAGACUUUCGACCAGGUAAAAUAUUAUCUGCGUCGUGGGUGAGCCAGAACGGCCUACAGAUAUGGGAUUACUGUGAUGGAAUGGUUGAUAAGACUGUACCCUUUGAAAAUGCCAAUGGACAAUAUUUAUAUUGCGCCCAGUUCUGUGAUCACGAUGUUGUUCUAGCAGGAGGUAGCGGCACACAUAAUGUUCAAGCCAUCCAUUAUCCCACUGGAAAGUGUAUUGGUAAAGUUCAGAUGGCCAAACCAGUAUAUUGCUUGGAUUCUGUCUUUGGUGGCCAAAUGUUUGCAGUAGGUUCUUCACAGAAAUCUAUAAUAAUAGCCUCUCUUGUGUGAUCUAUUCUGAGGAUUCUGUUCAGAGAAACUCAUUCUACUGUACGUGCUAACAAUAUAAAAUUCUGAGAGGAUGUAGUCAACAGAAAAAUCCUCAAAAACAUGGUUUUCACAUAUAUAUUUUUUUCAAAAGUCCCUAAUACAACACCAAAGGAAAUAGACGUCAGUACAGCAAGAUGUCCAAUUUUUGAUGUGAUAAAAGUAUUUAGUGAAGCUUUAUACUGACCAUGGCAUCUUCACUGUUCCGCAUAAAGAAUAGCAAACCAAUAUAAACAUUGCCAAAUACUGCAAUUUACUGGUGAUACAAAUAAAGCAGAAGCAGUUUGCAAUUAAUUUUAUUAAUGAAUAUUAAUGUAAUUAUCUGAAUUUUAAUAAAUAUUUAGGAAACAUA